UGGAUGUCAAGGAUUGGUUGAAUUCACCUCCAGGACGAGAUUUCUACGUUCGAAAACAAACGCAGUAUAGAAAAAUUAAUGUUAGUAUCAUACCUGAAUCAUCUCAACUCUACGGUCGGUUUUCUGGUUUACAAUCAAAUAUCUGCAGCAGAAACGUAAAAAUCAUGGAAUAUGGGAAUACCAGGAGCAGAUGGCAGCAGCGCUCGUAGCCAACAGGAAGAGCUAGCCUGCUAGCUUACAGACGGAUUUCACUACGGACAAAUCGAGCAGAAAUUUAAAGGAAAGCCCGUCAGCAUGUUGAUGGUGGGUGACCAUGGAGGGAUCUUAUAGAAUGAGUGUGAGAGAGCUUUGUGAGACAGAUGAUCUGGCCACAAGUCUGGUGCUGGAUCCCUUACUGGGGUUUAGCACCCAUAAGAUGAACAUAAGUCCUCCCCCUGAGAUCCGGCGAUGGGGUUACCUCAGAGGGACACUUCUGCGCUUCAAACGCACACAUGACUUCCAGGCCACCUUUGAUGCCCUGUUGGAUGGGGAAUGGGUCAGUGGCUAUUUCACCGGGCUGGGUUCACACCGACAGGAGUUAUUAAAGCAGCAUAUGUAUCGCUAUAUGACAGCAUUUCUGUUGGACAGUGGAGUGAAUAUUGAGCCAUGUAACCGCUAUUCUUCUGAAACGAAUGGAGCCAAAAUCACAUCCACCCGACACUGGCUUGUGGGAGAACGGGUGGAGGUACUGCAGGGCUGUAUAGCUGAGCUGAGCCCUGAGGAUAGUGCCGUCCUCAGAGCAGGAGUGAAUGACUUCAGCGUCAUGUACUCUAUGCGCAAGAGAUGUGCGCAGCUUUGGUUGGGGCCGGCUGCCUUCAUCAAUCAUGACUGCAGACCCAACUGUAAGUUUGUCCCUGGAGAUAAGAAUGGAGCUUGUGUAAAAGUGGUGCGGCCCAUCUCGCCGGGGGAAGAGAUUACCUGUUACUAUGGGGACAGCUUUUUUGGGGAGAAUAAUGAAAUGUGUGAAUGUUGCACAUGUGAGAGGAGAGGAGAGGGAUCAUUUAAGAAGAGAGACCAGUCACCAGAUGUGGCUUGCUCCGUGGAUCCUUCAGGACAGAAAUAUGAGUUCAGAGAGACCGACCUAAGGCUUAACAGGAAUAGGGGAAAUGGCACCCCAAAGCCGCUUCUCACUGUAUCAAACUCAGCCUUGCCAAUGAGGAAUACAUUUUCCCAACGGACAAAGAGGAACGCCCUUGUUUUGAGCAAGAUGAGAAAGACUGAUAGGUGGCGGAGGGAGGAGCAAUGCAAACAGGUAGAAAAGAGAACACAAAACCUCUUAUCAUCUUUGCCUCACCUCGAGCUAAAGGAGCUGAGCAUCUGCCUCUAUCAGCACAGCACAAAUUUCCUAUUAAGCUGUAAAGACCCCUUGAGCAAAGAAAGGGCCCUGCUAUACCUAAUUGAGAAAGAGCGACCAAAACCAGAGAGGAUCACAAGGAACAGCAAAUCUGUCUCUCCACCACUCAGUAGUGCUAACAUAAAUGGACCGGAGGAGAGAAAAGAUGAGGAUGGAGAAAUGUUAAAUGAAGACUCUGUCAUUAGAUUUAAACCCUUUACUCUUGGAUGUGUUUCCAGUGUACAUGAAAGAGACAGCAUGAAGGCCAAGGGACGUAACAUUGAUGCAUCAUCUGUCAGAAUUGUCCACCAGGGCAUUUCCUCAAGGACCAGGAAUAUUCUUCGUAGUCGUCUGAGCAGUCUCCAAGCAAGGAGUCGAUCUAAGCUCCCCAGAUUCAACAAAAGGAGGACCAGACUGAUCAAAUCGAACUCUAAACUCUCUACAGGGCAAAAUGAAUGCUCUGACUCUCAGACACAAGAUGGGAAGCAGCAAAAAGGAAGUGAGGUUGAGUCCAAGGACAAUACUAACCCUGUUUUAAUCUCUCCAGGUAAACCAUGUACUGAUAAAUGUGUACACAUUGACGGAGACACUGGAACUAACAGUGACAAAUCAUCACAAACAGAGAGCACGGUGAUCAGAGAGACGCAGCAGAGAGUCUUUAGGGAUUGCCUCAGGGAAGUGGCUGGUGACGGGAGACACAUCAGCGGUUCCAUUGCUCCUAGGGCAGGUGAUGUUAGUUCUUGUGUAGCUUCAGAGACCUCAGGGGAUAACAAGCAAAACCACAGGCAGUCUGACUCUUCUAGUGCUGUAAGCGUUACACCCUCCUUGUCUUCACCAUCUCUUAAUAGUCCUGUCUCUCUCCUCUCAGGGUUAAAUCGUUACCUCAGAGUCAGUCUGGUACGGGUGGCUAUCCCAGGAAAGCCAGAGGUUGAAAGAACAGGUCAGAGGGAGGCAGACAGUACAAGAGACAAGGUUACAGCACCAGCAGCAGCGUCAGUACAGCAGAGCACAAAAUUUAAUGGGAGCAAAGAAAGCAAUAUUCAAGGUAAGAAAGGGGUGAAGGAGUUGUAUUUCACACCAGUAAAUAUGGAGAGUGCAGAAAAGUACUUAAAAGUAACAUGCGAUUUAGAGACUGGCAAAAAUGCAGUCACACAACCUGUUGUGAAAGAACUUGUGGAUGUGUAUGGUAAGGAUAGCCACAGUGAGUAUGAAAUUGAAGGUAAGCAAGAUGAUAAAGUUGUAACAGUCACAUCUGUUGAAGUCACAAUUCCCAAAAAUUCAGAAAAUGCUGUAAAGAAACGGAAAGGAGCAGACAAGGAUAAGAAACAAAAACAUGUUGAGAGCGUACCUAAGGUGCAAGAUAAAGAAAGCAGCAUCAAGAAGCAGGAAGAAGUAAUUGUUGAAGGAAAUUACUUGAAAAAGAAAGUGUUAACAGCAAGUUUUGGUAGCAGGACUGUUGUUGUUAAAGAGGCAAGGGUACUGCUGAUGGAUAUUAGAAAGUGUUUGAGUUGCAAGUUUAGUCAACAAGAUAAAGAUGCUAAUGACCACCAACCUCUGUGCAGUUACAGUGGUAUAGGAGAAGCUGAUAAUAUGAAGACACUAUUACUUGCUGACAAUAAAGAGACAAAGGACAAGCAUGAUGCACUUAAUAACAAAAAUGAGCACCCUAAUCAAGGACUCACGGCAGCUGAUCAGCCAAAUAUAUAUGAAGAUACUCAAGAGAAACAGUCAGAAAGCGCUUUGAUUUCCUCAGAACCCCCAUCCAUGUGCAUGGUUUCUCUGGAUCAUAGUCCCCAGAGCAGCAUUCCCCUAAAGAAACGGGCAUUUCGAGAAUCGCUUGAUACAGACCCAGAACAGGAUGUUAAUGUACCUGCAACACCGUGUACUGAUGGCAGUAAAGGCAAAGAACCCAACUCGGACAAUCUGUUACCUAAGCCAAGCGAAAGCAGCAGUGUGGAUACAACAUUAAUGAAAUGUUCAAUACCAGAAUCAAGUUUAACUUUCAAAGACAAUGUUUGCAUUGGGUCCAAAAAGCGUGGCUCAUCCAAGUUGAUAAAGACUUCGGCUAAACAAUACUGUAAAGGUCUUCAGAGUACUCAUCGUGGACCAGGGAAAAACAGUGUCAGAGUUCCUGAAUACAGGGAUAGCACGAGUAAAGUACAUGUUUGUGAGAGGACAAUCAAUGACCCUAAGAGUGAAAUUACAGAAGCAGUCAAAUGCAAUAUGGGUGAGGAGAACCAAGUGAAAAGUGACAAAGGAUUAGGAGGAGGAAAUAAAGGACCAGGGGACUGUGAGAUCACGGAUAAUAUUGAACAUGCCAUUAAGGAUGAGUGGUCUACCUCAGAUGAUUUGGAUAAGACGGAAGAAGAGCAGAGGUUAAACGUCAGAAUCCGCCUUAAGAGGAAAAGGGGAAAGGAGUGGGCAAUGGAGUGUACGGAUGAGGCAAAAAGUGUUGUGGACAAGUCAAGCCCACAGCAAUGCUUGGCUUUAGUUGACCCUUUUAGUGCCAUUUUGGAUACUGUCUCGAUUUUAAAUUCAGAAAUGGAGAGGAUUCGGGGUCAUGGGGAGGCCGAUAAUGGUGUAGGUUUAGAGAAAGCCACCAAAGCAGUUCAAGACGUCCUAGAACAUUGCAGAAAAGAAUGCGCAGCUAAGCCAUGUAAAAGACAACAAAAAGUAUCAGCUGUUCACAUUAACAAAAACGUUAGUACACCAAACGAAAUUGUUCAAGACAGUAGUGAUGUUACUGACAAGCAGGUACAACAAAAAUCAUCUAGUCCAAAAACUGAGGCGGACAUUGAUGACAUUAAACCAUUACCUCUGAUUAGAUUGUGCAGGAGAGCUGAAGGCAAGUGGGAGGUGGAGUGGAAAGAAGCUCAAAAUGAAGAUGGGAGCACUGAUACUUUGCACAGGGAGCCAAAGAAAUUAACAUCUGUCUUUUCUACAGCAGCAAUAGUAGAACAGAUGCCUCUCGGCAAAGUUAAAGAGGAAAACCCGUCUCAAUGCCAGCAACUAAUGGCGGGGCGUAGUUGUACCUUCAGAGAUCCACUGAGUUUUGAGACUUCACCCUUACCAAUAUCCCUUUCACCUUUGUCACUUUACUCUCCCUGUUAUGAUGGGCUGGCAGGAGUUAGUAAUGUCAGUGGGAGUAUUCAAGCAAAAGACAAUGUAAGGGAGCAUGUGUCAGACAGUCUCGAUAGUUUUAAGAUUGGUGUUAUUAGAACUGACAACAAAGGAAGGGAUGACAUUUGCUUGAGCCACAAUUUGUUUCAGAUUAAUAAAAGUCUGUCAAAACUCCAGGCUAUGAGCCAGUCACAGGUAUGUGAGAAAAGUGUGCCCACUAACACCAGUGUAACCUCUUCUCAGGUUCAGUCUCCUUCCAUUUCUCCCUUUACCACGGAGUGUAGCUUUAGUAACUAUUCUGAAGAUGUGCUUGACUUUCCAUGUUUAAAUCUCGAAAGCUAUGAUCAGAUGCCUGCACAAAACAACUUGGCAAGCUCUUUAAUAGAUUACUGUCCUGGUGAACCACAUAACACCGGGUCCUUCAGCAGCCCCUUCUCUCAAAGUCCCACUGAUGCAUGGAAUCCGGAGACCCCUUACCUAGGAUCGCCAAGCCCAGUGAGUAACUUUAGUAGUGGUGAGGAGCUAUGUUUCCCGGAUAUUGUGUUUGCUCAGUCUGACACAUCCUCAUCUAUUGGUGCAUCUCAACUGCUCUUCAAAGAUAAGCUGUGUAAUACAGCCACAAGUUCUGCUCCACUUCAAGACCCUGAGAAAGAUCUGUACUUGUCUGAUGGCGAGUUGUCCAAAACUCCCAUAGAGCUCCAGGUCCAGGAAGAUUCAGCAACACAGUUUCUCCCCAAAGACUUGACAAUGUUUAACAAUGCAUCUACAAGUGCUAAACAGCCUGGGCACUCAACUGUGCGAAUUCAUCCUCAGGAUAAAAAGUUACACUUUCUUGAUUCCAUUAUUAACACAAAGUCCUCGGAGUCAUACCUUGCUAAAAUUGACAUUAAAGACAAAAUUCAUGGACCUCUCAAUUUGCAUAGCUCAAAAGCUAAAUCCGAAUCUGUCUUUCCAAACCUGUCAACACAAAGUCUGCAUGGUGCCGGACCUCACAGUAACCUUGUUACACCCUUCCAUUCACUUCACGUAGGAAAUAAGUCAACCUCACUUGCUGAUUAUCCAGGUGCAUUCAAUUCUGGUAAUGCACUUUUUCGUAGCAGUGACAAGAAGCUUCCUUUUUUUCCAAACCCCAAGAAUGUCUCGAAAACCGAGGAAGGCCAGAAUGCUUGUCGAAUUUCUGUGGCUGCAGGCAGCUCGAAAUCCCACAACAACAUGGAAAGCAUCUAUGCUUGUCCGGGUCCAUCAAGUUCUCACAGUGGAAAAGAGUCUUCUGCUAGAUGUCCUAAUGCUGAGUUCUCAAGAUUGGCUGAAAAUCUGCAAAAAAAAACAAAGAACAUCCCGUACCCUGCUAAUCCUGGUCAGCAAGGUGAUCGUAUUCACCCAGUUUAUUUCAUCAGCUCUAGCAAAACCACAACAAACGUCUUCAAGAACAUAAAGCCCCAGAUCACAAGGAAUGAUAAAGAUCCAUGCCUGCCCUCCACGUAUUUAUUUUCCUCAUCCCAAGGUUCUCAGUGUUACAGUACAACACAAAGCAAACCCUCAAGAUUGGAAAAACCUCAUGCUGUUGUGGCUCCCACUCAAAACACUCAACUUUCUGGAGUGUCUUCUAUCCAGCCCAAUAAGGAUCAGAUGUGUUCAAACAUCUCUCACUGUGAUUCUUCUGCUUUCAACUUCAGCUCCUCGCUUUCACCUCCUGCAUCGCAGCACAGCAGUCCUCAUCUGGGAUACAGAGAAUCCUCAGUCCCUGAGGUCCCUUUGUUUAAAACUCAGUCAACCACCUUUGAACACGGUCAACCUCCUCACCAGUCUUACGUAGUGAACUUCACCGGAGAUCAUUCUGUGACUCUGGGGUACAGUGAGGAUGGUGGAAGCUUGAAUUAUACUGGUUCAGGACCUGCAAAUUACACUUACCAUUGUCUUAUGGAGCCUUCGGGAACUCAAGGAAGGCUGGUUGUAGAAGCAUGUGGUCCCUCAAACUUCUCACCUUCUCCCUCUGCGAGUAGGUUUGCAGGGUCUAAAGUCCACGGAGGCCAAGUCAGUAGAGAUCAGCAGCAUCAGGGGACUGGAACUCACCCAUGUAAUUCUCUACACUUCUCCACCUCCCACUCGCAAAGCACUCCCAUAACAGAUCGCAAGCCUAAGAGACUUAGGCUUGUGGUGACUGAUGGUACAGUGGAUCUGGACCUUCAAUAUACUGAUUAAUAACGACCAAUUGUCGUUAAUAUGCUGAGACUUUAUUUAUUUUAAAAACUUCAAUGUAAGAUGUUCUUUUUGUUUUUAUUACACUGAAAACUAAAUUUACGAAUUUAUGUAAAAUGUCCUGUUCUUAGCAUCAAAACAGUUUUCUUUAAAUAUUUAAAGACAUAUUUUUUAUUAGCACACUUGCCUAAUUAUUUGCUACAUGAUGAAUUUUGUCUAGUACGUUAUUAUAGAAGAUAAUAUUUUCAUGCUAGUGGUUUCUGUAUUAAAACAGAGGAAAAUAGAUAUUCUGUUGGUCCUGUAAUACAUAAGACUUGCCACAUGAUGGGGAUGUUGUUCUCCGCAAUGUGGAAAUUCUCUCUAUUUCCUCCUAGCCUUUUCAGUUCAGAGUUAGCAGUCUAGAUUGCAGUUGUUAAAAGAACAUGCGACCGAUCGAUCAUAUGCGAGAAAAAUAAGCUUGGCUGGCAACUUGCACAGCUUAGUGGGUUAGCACAUGAAGGACCAGAGCAAGGAUCAUGUGCUUUUAAUUUAGGGUUUAACUGCCCAUCUGGCAAGUUGAAUAAGAGUGCACCACUGACUGCACAAAUAUUUGUGCAACAUAUGACAAACACAUACUUUGAGCAGCUGUCAGGUGUCCUGUAUUUGGUUUAGGGGAUUCAUACAUGUCAUAAAAGAACCGUAGCAGCUGCUACAUUAAAUGCAUACAAAUCACAGAAAUUUCAGCAUCUUUACCAACUGUGAUGUCAUUUAUUUGAAUAGCAUCCCAUCUUUUCCACACAAAUCACACACACUUUUCAAGCACAAAUGUGUUUUGGCAUUGGAUGCCUUUUUGUUUUUUUUAACACCAAGCAUUUGUCUAUAUUAGAUUCAUGGGGUUUUGUAUCAUAUUGGGUAUUGCUUUGGUACUUUGGGCCAAUGCAUAAUUAAUUCGUUACCACUUGUAUUACUCUAGAGAGAUGUUUAGUGCCCUUUGGAGCUGAUCCUUAAUCAGACUCACUUAACAUUUAUAGAAUAUUGUUACUAUAAUGUACUGUAGUCCUGUAGGUCACCAAGACACAAAGCCUGACAUCAUCUCCGAACGUAUAUUGUGUGUGUGGUUU